GGCUGGGCACGUCUGUGAGGGAGGGAAACAGCCGCUCGAGUCUGGGGCGGAGAGACGGGACUGGGGCUCCGGCAGGCUCCUGAAAGGGACCUGGUAGGGGGUGGUGUUGGGCAGAGCCCGGGAAGCAGCUUGGAGGUUCUCCACCAAGGCCCGCGCUGAAGGCGCCUGAAGAGGUUCCUGGAAGAGGGUGUUCCCCCUUUGUGGGGUGCGGGGGUCUUGACUGAAGGAGGUUUUGGGGAGUCAUCUUUCGGAGGACGCUGCGGCUUACCGGGCCCAGUCAGUAGGUCCUACUUACUGUGCCAGAUGCUAUUGUAAAUACUACAACAGUAAUUUCCAGUCCUGGCUGCCAUCAGAAUCACCCGGGGAGCUUUUUAAAAGACACAGGCUUGGGCCACAUCCUAGAAAUUUGGGAUUCUGGCUAUUUGGAGUUGUAUUGUGAGAACUGCCAGCAGAUGACCAAGAUUCCCUGUAACUGAUAAUGUUGGAAAUCAGCUCUGCAAUGUGCUUCGGCAUUCACUUGUCAAAAACAAAUAAGAUGCAAAUUCUUCAAUCCCAGAUUAUGAAAACAGUACUUGGAAAACUGAAAACUACCUAAAUGAUUGUCUUUGGUUGGGCCGUGUUCUUAGCGAGCAGAAGCCUUGGCCAGGGUCUGCUGUUGACUCUUGAGGAGCACAUAGCCCAGCUGCUGUGGACUAGAAGUGCCACUAUUACCAUGGGUAAUUCCUGUAUCUGCCGAGAUGACAGUGGAGGAGAAGACAGUGUUGACACUCACCAGCAACAAGCCGAGAACAGUGCAGUCCCCACUGCGGACACAAGGAGCCAAACCCGGGACCCUGUUCGGCCUCCGAGGAGGGGCCGAGGACCACAUGAGCCAAGGAGAAAAAAACAAAAUGUAGAUGGGCUAGUGCUGGACACACUAGCAGUAAUAAGGACCCUUGUAGAUAAUGAUCAGGAACCUCCUUAUUCAAUGAUUACAUUACACGAAAUGGCAGAAACAGAUGAAGGAUGGUUGGACGUUGUCCAGUCUUUAAUUAGAGUUAUUCCGUUGGAAGAUCCAUUGGGACCAGCUGUCAUAACAUUGUUACUAGAUGAAUGUCCAUUACCCACUAAAGAUGCACUCCAGAAACUGACUGAAAUUCUCAAUUUAAAUGGAGAAGUAGCUUGCCAGGAUUCAGGCCAUCCUGCCAAACACAGGAAUACAUCUGCGGUCCUAGGCUGCUUGGCAGAGAAGCUAGCAGGUCCUGCAAGCAUUGGUUUACUUAGUCCAGGAAUACUGGAAUAUUUGCUACAGUGUCUGAAGUUGCAGUCCCACCCUACAGUCAUGCUAUUUGCACUCAUCGCACUGGAAAAGUUUGCACAGACAAGUGAAAAUAAAUUGACUAUCUCUGAAUCCAGUAUUAGUGACCGGCUUAUCACAUUGGAGUCCUGGGCUGAUGAUCCUGAUUAUCUGAAACGUCAAGUUGGUUUCUGUGCCCAGUGGAGCUUAGACAAUCUCUUUUUAAAAGAAGGUAGACAGCUGACCUAUGAGAAAGUGGACUUGAGUAGCAUUAGGGCCAUGCUGAAUAGCAAUGACGUCAGUGAGUACCUGAAGAUCUCACCUCAUGGCUUGGAGGCUCGCUGUGAUGCCUCCUCUUUUGAAAGUGUGCGUUGCACCUUUUGUGUGGAUGCUGGAGUGUGGUACUAUGAAGUAACAGUGGUCACUUCUGGUGUCAUGCAGAUUGGCUGGGCCACUCGAGACAGCAAAUUUCUCAAUCAUGAAGGCUAUGGCAUUGGGGAUGAUGAAUACUCCUGUGCAUACGAUGGCUGUAGGCAGCUGAUUUGGUAUAACGCCAGAAGCAAGCCGCAUGUCCACCCAUGCUGGAAAGAAGGAGACACAGUGGGAUUUCUGUUAGACUUGAAUGAAAAGCAAAUGAUCUUCUUUUUAAAUGGCAACCAGCUGCCUCCUGAGAAGCAAGUCUUUUCAUCUACUGUAUCUGGAUUUUUUGCUGCAGCUAGUUUCAUGUCAUAUCAGCAAUGUGAGUUCAAUUUUGGAGCAAAACCUUUCAAAUACCCACCAUCUAUGAAAUUUAGCACUUUUAAUGACUACGCCUUCCUAACAGCUGAAGAGAAAAUCAUUCUGCCAAGGCACAGGCGUCUUGCUCUAUUGAAGCAAGUCAGUAUCCGAGAAAACUGCUGCUCCCUUUGCUGUGAUGAGGUAGCAGAUACGCAACUGAAGCCAUGUGGACACAGCGACCUGUGCAUGGAUUGUGCCUUGCAACUGGAGACCUGCCCAUUGUGUCGUAAAGAAAUAGUGUCUAGAGUCAGACAGAUUUCUCAUAUUUCAUGACAUAUGUGAAGAGACAUCACGGACUUAUUUCUACUCAAUUCCAGCCAAUAUUGAAAAGAAAAACAAAGAAAAAAAAAAAAAAAACAUCUCUAAUCAGUUGUACGCACAUUGAAACUUAUA